CAAACAGCAGCUCCUUCCUUCCUAACCUGUCAGUACCUAACCAGAGAGGAGAGGGGAGGGGAUGGAGAGACUGAUAGAUAGGAGGGACCCAGCCAGGCUCAGAGAGAGGGAAAGUUUGAAGGGGGAUGGAACAUGCAGAAGCCAUGACAGAGCAGAGCAGGAGAGGUAGUUUGAGUGAGAAGUGACACACGUCAGAGGAAGAAGAGAAGAGACUCGAGAGCUGUCAAAGAGGAGAAAACUGACAAGGGGGCAAACAGAAAAUAAGGUAGUGACAAGGACACAAGGCUUGCUUGGUGCUAAGGGAAGGGGGAACACUGGCGGAGAGCGAGGGAGAAUUUGAAUCUGUGAGAGACGUGGACAGAAGGUGCUUCCCGGCGGAUGGUAACAGACCACAUUCAGAGCGGAAUAGAGAGAAAGAGAGGAGAGACUUGAGGCAUUUCUUCCUUCCCGUACAGACAAUGAUGGGGCUGUACUAUCCUGCGGUGUUGCCGGUGAGUUAACAUCAUAGUUUUCUGUAUGCUCCUAUCCAGUGUAGCAGGUUUAGACCUGGAACAUCUAAAGAUGUUUACCUAGCUAGUUUUGAUACGUUGCACAAGGCAAGGCCUCAGAUUGCUGCAUGGAGUUAUACUGUUGUUUCUCUUUUACCACAAAUAAAUGCACAUAGCCUAGACACUCAGUGAACGCUCAGUGAUUUGUGACUGGUAUUGUGUAACGACUUAUGUAAUAUAACUUGUUUUUUCAUUUAAAUAUGUAGAUGUGUUACUGGCAGCAAGAAGGGUUAACUGUGUACAUGUUCUAAUGAGCCUGCUGCCCCAACAUGUUCUGUGGUCAUGUCUGUGCAUCAGGGCCCUCAAGGAUGUACAGGCUUCUGCAAAUGUCUCUGUAAAUUAGCAGUGUUGAGCUGUGUGUAUGUCGCACGUUGCGGCCAUGCUGACUCUACAGAACAUCAUGUUAGUCCAGGGGGUGCAGAGAGGGGGGGGCUGUUGGAAUGAGGAAGAAGGAGAGAGUGCUACAGCAAUUCUUUGUUGUCUUCCCAGCUGUCUUUGCUGUUUAACCCCCCCGUCCCCCCGUCUGCUGAGUGAAAGAGACAGGUGCCAAGAAACAGUUGUUACUCUUUCCCCUCAAAUUUUCUCUGUUGGUACAACCCAGCCUCCCCUUUCCUCCGCCACCCCUCUCCUCCUGCCACAAUACUGGAUGGGGUGCUGUGAGGUUCUGUGCUCUGGGUGCUGAUUGGACAGUUAGCAGCAGGAAUCUCCCCAAUAUCUUUUAACUCCAGAGAAGUGAGGUUAAGAAAAUGCCUUCUUUUAGUUGACAUUUCUUCAUUAUAACCCAGAUUAAAGUGUAUGCUUGUGAGUGUGUUAGGGUUAUAAAUGCUGUGUUUGCUACCCCAUCAAUUUAACUAACAGCUUUGCUAUUAAGCAACCAAGCAAAGUGCAAACACAGCAACCAGCCGGGUUCUGAGAAAUGGUUUGAUGGUGGUGUAUUUUGCUGCAUCACCUCCAUUACUGCAGCCACCCUGCUUGGUUUAGAAAGGGAGCCCCACCCAAGCGUUCACCCCCAGGGGUAAGCGACUUACCUGCUGCUUCACAUUUGCACCAACCAAACUGCUGCAGAACUGGCAGACAGUAUUGCAGCACUAAUGCACUCUGAGACAUCCGUCUCCACUACAGGCUUACUGCUCCUCACUCUGCCCAUCUAUCUAAACCUGCAGUAUUGACAAUCCAGCUGGCUCAAGGGACAUGCAGAACAACAUUGAGCUUUGGAUAGACAGCACAGCAAGUAUGUUAAUUUGCACACAUGCACUAUUGUGACUGACAGAAACAAUGGCCAGUUCUGCUGCAGUGCAGUGUUGAGUCUCAGAGGCUCCUUAAGCCCCUUCCCCCACUAUCGGCUGACGGAGCUGGUUCAGUUCAAUGGACACAUGGCGCAGCAGCGUUUAUUCUCUUGUCUUCUUCUCUGGGCUGAAAUAGAGGCAAUCCUCACUAGUGUUGGUGGCUGAAUCAAUCAAAAAUUGUGGGAAACCUUUAACAGCAAUUGGGCAUGGAUGUUAAUCCUCCCAGAUACACUAAUUCAUCCCCGUACAUUUUUACAUUUUAGUCAUUUAGCAGACGCUCUUAUCCAGAGUGACUUACAGUUAGUGAGUGCAUACAUUUUCAUACUGGCCCCCCGUGGGAAACGAACCCACAACCCUGGCGUUGUAAGCGCCAUGCUCUACCAACUGAGCUACAGGGGACUAUGUCUUAGGCUGCUGGGUUGAUUAGAGCAGCGUUUCAAAGAGAGACUGAAGGAUGAGGAGAGUCAUGUCAGUGAACUUUGCAAAGGUUAAGUGUCAGGGAUGAGGUUUGCUCCUCCACCAUACCAUACCAGACAUCUUUCAGAGUUUUGGGACUGUGUAUGGCCACCAUGGUGUUGGAGCCGUAGUAGACAUGGCUCACGUUGUGCAGUCUGUAGGAGUAUAUAAUGGAGAGGCUGCUGAGGGAAGUCUUUAAAGGUGUCCUGUGAGACUGGUCCAGCCAGGCUUUCAGAAUCAGAGUGUGGUAUGACUGAACAUCCAACUGGCCUUGCAUGGUCCCAUCCUUCAUGGCCAACAACAACCUCUGAUCUAUUUGAUACAUUUAUGUAAUAUUGAGUGAGUCAGUGAAUACAAUAGCCUAUACUACCGCCGGACCUUUAGAAACUGACCAACUAUUUUGUUAAGAGUCCAAUGCUCUGUUACCCUUAAAUGAAUUGCCAUGUGUUAUUUUGCUUGUGGUACCUGUAGGGUUUAAGCCAAUUAGCUGUUAAUGUACCGUGGAGGGAUAGGCUGUAUAUAAUGUGUUGUGAUUUUCAUUGGUUGACAACCCUGAAGGAGUGACAGGGUUUCAGCACAUAGGCGCCCUUACAUGGAGAUGGGAGGCGGCUACAGCGCUAUGCUUGACUGGCUCUUGGGAUCCAUGGGUCACGUUUCGUAGCGGCGGUGGCUUUGACUGACUUGGGGGGGCAGAGGUAGAAACCCUCGUCUGGAUUUCAUCAAGCGAGGAGGGAGAAAGAAGGGGAGGGCGAAGAAGGAGAGGAAAAAGGAGAGGGAAAGCAUAUCUACUUCUCCAGCUGCAGAAAAAGGAAGAGGAGCGUACUACUGCAUUGGAGAGAAAGGGGGAAAGAGGCGGCAUAUUUAAUGAAAAGCAAUGCGUCACAGUAGGCUGGAAAUUAAUAGUGGUCAUUCAGUUAUUCUGCCAUGAUAAACGGAUUGGGAUUAGACUAACUAACUGGUUAAAGAGAUUACUGUAGUCUACUAACGCUCUUCACUGACUGUCUCCUGUGCAAUUUAAUUCUAAUUAUUUUAUUACGCUGCAAUCACUGCACACAUUUUAACACAUGCACUCUCGCAAGGUUCGCUGAAUAUUUUGACCCACAUUGCAAGCCCUCUUUCUUCCCCCGGUCCUCUUGGUGUAUGGAAAAACCUAUGGUGUCUCAGGUAACACUUCUGUACUACCGCCGCCGUGCGUGAAGAGAAAGAGGGAUGCAGAGUUUAGCCUGUUGUAAUUCAGAUGGUGCAUUUAAUAUUGUGUUAUAUACGUUUAUGCAGAAGAGUAAUUCUGAAGUUAUAUUGAAAGGGUACCUAGUGGUCAAAUGAGAUUUGUUAUGCUUAGACUAUUUUAUAUUAAUUCCUGCAUUGCUUUUGAACAUCACCUAGUGGCUUACUAGUGAGUUAUGAUAUGCUGUAUUGUAUACAGAUAUACAUAUUUGUGAAAUAUUAUACAAUUGACUGUACAACCCCCUCUGUCUCCUGAAAUGUGUAAACAAUUUGAUAAUUCAGUUUCAGUUUUUAAUACAAUGUUUUUCCAGAUAUUAUUUUAUCCUUUCCUUUUUGCAACACAGCAUGACUCCCUUUUAUAAUACCGUCUCCCUCCUUUCUCUUUGACUCUCUCUCCCUCCUCUCCUGCUCUGUGUGUGAGAUACAGCCAUUUAGGGCAGUGUUACUGUUACCUCUCAGUCAGUGUGGCAGGAAUGUCCAGUUGACAAAUGUGUUGAGUGCUACCAGGCCCCAGCCAGUACCUUCUCUCUUUAUUUAUUUUUAUUUUUUAGCUUUGUCCAUCCAUCAGUGGAUACCAGUGAGUAGCCUAAAUAUCCAUUCCAGUACUCACAUGAUCGAGAUACUGUACUGUUAGAAACACCCACUACUCUUCCACCCCACCCCCAUCCUCUGAGCCUCCAACACAGAUUUGGAAUUGGUCCCUGUGACUCAGACUAUGAGAAGCACCCUUUACUGGCUUGUUACAGGCUUGUGCAUGUUUAUGGAUGACAUGUCUUUACAGGAGGAAGGGGUCUUUAAUUCCCUACAUUUAACCUAUUUGGAAUCCUCCUUUAUUUAACCAUCCUCCCCGUUUUAUGCAGGAUUGUGGCGUUUGUGCUAUUGUUAUUAUUAAGUUAUUGGCAUUGCAAUGAAUGCAGUAUGCAAUCAGCCUCAUAAGCGAUUAAUAUGAACUGGAAUACAUAAGAAGUGGCUGGUGGAAUAUAGGAGUAGAACAGUUUUUCCAUCCUGUUCUGAAUUAAACCUACUUUUGUUGCACUCGUUAUCUUGGAGGCACAGAACCGAAAGCUCACUCCUCCUUAUCUAGUAAAGGGGAUUUAACAGUAGCUGGGACGGUUCUUUCCACUGUCGUUUCAAGAUGAGAAGUCUGCAGUCUCUGGGAUUAGUGAAUCCUCAUUUGCUUUACUGCACCGCAACUUAGUUUCCCUGGUAAUUAAAAAGGCUGUCUGGAGCCUGGGUGUCACCUCGCCUAGGCCUGGCUGACUGACUGACUGGCCUGUUUUAAUGGUAUUGGAUGCUGUCAUCAUGCCUGGAAGGCCACGAAGCAGUUUCAUGGCCCGAAACAAAAUGGCGCUACCCCCCCCCCCACUCCUGCCUCCCUACAGGCUUUUACUGAGCUCUUUCUGAGCACAGUUGGGGUGCUUUUUGAAGUUAUUACAGGAUGUCCUUGAGUGUGUGACUGAAGAGUGCUAUAUCACAGUGUCACCAUACCAUACCACAACACAUAACUGACACCUUUUUUAAAAUCGUGACCGGCCAACGCUACAAUCCAUUACCGUGCUUAUCAUGAAGACAGCAUAGUAACAGUGCUGUGGCAAUGGCCUGGAGCUGUCUCCCAACUCAACUGCUUAUGAUAUGAAUUCAUAUCAAGUGUAACUAAAUAGGAUAGCAGUAUCUGUUUUCACAGGGUAUAACAGGUAAAAAAAUUUUGUAAAUAUUGUCUGGAUAUGUGUGUACAUGGAUAGUUAGCAUGUUUGUGUAGCAGUGUGUGUGUGUGUGUAUCAGAUUUUGUGACUGUCAAUAAUAGAUGUGGUUGCAGUGAAUAUUUCAUGGUAGGCUGACUGAAACGCUCUGCUGUCAGAGAUAUGGAGAGAGAGACGGAGUAGGAGGGUGGGUGAAAUUUAAGCUGUGUUUUUAACCCUCGUUCUAGUCUCUCUCCCUGCCCCCAUCUGAACGGUACAGUACAGUCAUGCCUACCAGUAUUAACCCUGUCUUCUCCUCUCCUUCAGGGUUCUCAAGAUUCAACGGGGGGCCAGGAGGGGCUGGUGCCCCCGCCCUUCUCAGCGUUCCCUCCACCACCCCCUCCGCAGAACGGCCUGGGGACAGAGUUUGGCGGUGCUUUGUUUGGUGCAGGUGGGCAGGGGCCAUCGGAUUCAGGGGCUGGAACAAAUGGCUCAGCCACCACUCCCAACAUCUUACCCACCCCGGUGAGUGUUAUGGUUGGUUUUGUUGUUAGGCUCACUCUCUGCAUUUGUCCCGACAAUGCUCGAGAGUACUCGGUUCAUUCCAUUUAUCAGCCUCUCUCUUUCUCUUUCUCUCUCUCUCUCUCUCCUCUCUCCCCCAGCAGACAGAGGUGUCCCCAGGACAGGUAGAUGGAGUGGGGCAGUGCUUGGCAGUAGAAUUAGCAGGAGGAGUAUCCGGGGCUGACGCCUCAGAGGCCAAAGGAACCCCAAAACGACUUCACGUCUCCAACAUCCCCUUCCGCUUCCGAGACCCUGACCUCAGGCAGAUGUUUGGGGUAAGAAUCUGGGAACAUCCUUGUUGCCCUUUGAGAUGAGGAGUAAAUCCCUUCUGUUGUUUAAUUGAUGGUUGGUGUCAGAGUGGGUGUUGAGAAGAACAAAGGGCCAGACAGUCACAAAGGGAGGAACUCUCAUAUCCUUAGAUUUGCUCUAUUACAGGGCCAUGAGAGCCAUAGAGAGGUAGUCAGUAGUUAGUGAAUGAGUGAGGAAAGGAAGGCAUGUAGUAACGUAUUAAAGGGAUAGAAAUGGAGACAAUAGAAGGUAGGUGCAAUUUGAUUGAGUUUAUUUUGGUACAAUACUGCCUCCUAGUGUGCUGCAGGUUUAGUUCACCCCUGAUUGUCAAUUAAUUAAACAGAGUAUAUAAUGCAAUUUUGGUUUGUAUCCUAAUUCUUGUGUUUGUUGAUUUUCAGCAAUUUGGGAAGAUUAUUGAUGUUGAGAUCAUUUUCAAUGAGAGGGGCUCAAAGGUGAGUGAGAUGGUAACAUGUCCUCAGUCCCACCACUGGGGAAAUUAUUAUGAUGAAAAAGUCAAAUGUAACUUUACAGGACUGUGUCUAAAUGAUACAUUUUCUACACUGCACUGUGUCUUACUGACCUGCACUGAUAGUAUAAACAACAGGGUAGUAUUAUGGGUAAAAAUAACACUCCAGGCCGCUGUUGAACAUCUAAAACUAGAUUGAAAGUAUGUCGAAAUUAUAAUGGACUUAUAUAUUUUCUAAUAACUGCCCUUUUUCUGGCCUGCAAAUUGAUUUUGACAAGCAAAUUGGUCACAAGAAAGUCUGUGCGGCCUUCCGUUGAAUUUCGAAAUUCCAUUUGCCCAACCCUUCACUAAUCAGUAACCACUGUAUCAGUUCUAGAACAAACAACUGUAUAAACCAGUGAUUACAACUGUAUACCUGUUCAGUAAAUGUGUAAUGAAAUGAGUGAAACUUGCUAACUCAAAGGGCUUUGAUUUUCUCUAAAACAACCAGUAUGUUUCUUCCACCUCUCUCCUUACGGUGUCUUUGUGGUGCUCCUCUUUCCCCUCUGUCUGUCUACCCCAGGGCUUUGGCUUCGUCACGUUUGAGACCAGCGCCGACGCGGAGAAAGCCCGGGAAAGGCUUCACGGCACGCUAGUGGAAGGUCGCAAGAUAGAG